UUCGCACGUGAGGGGCUAUUCCGGAGUAUUUAACGUCCGAGUCUCGACGCGUUCUUCUUUCCUCACCUCUUGACUCUCAACUACUACCUCCUCGCCCAAUCCUCUUGAUCUUCAACUUUUCUCUUUUAUCCAACUCCUCCACCACUUCAUUAAUUCAUAAUGUCUGGAAAGGGAAAAUCUGGCAAAUCCUCCGGUGGAAAGGCAGGCGGUGAAUCCACUGGCAAAUCCCAAUCGCGUUCCGCAAAGGCUGGUUUGCAGUUCCCUGUCGGUCGUGUGCACCGUCUGUUGAAGAAGGGCAACUAUGCCCAGCGUGUUGGUGCCGGUGCUCCCGUCUACCUUGCCGCUGUCCUCGAAUAUCUAGCCGCUGAGAUCCUCGAACUUGCGGGUAACGCUGCCAGGGACAACAAGAAACAACGUAUUGUACCCAGACAUCUGCAGCUCGCUAUUAGGAAUGAUGAAGAGCUGAAUAGACUGCUCGGUGACGUCGUUAUCUCGCAGGGUGGUGUUGUACCCCACAUCGAGUCUCAACUUUUACCAUCCAAAACAAAGGGCAAAAAGGAUGAGGAGGAGGCUUGAGUUCUUAGUCUGGAUAUCCUCAGUGUACUCUAAUAUUUGUUUCGCCUCUAUCCUCAUACUUAUUAUCGAUAUGUAUACGGUACUGUAUCGUUGUAUUUGUCGUCUGUUCUCCGACUCCACCCUUGUGCAAUCACCUUCGUUGUACUUACCGACCACCUGAUGCGUAGUGUUAGAACUCUGAGCUAGUCUGAA